AUGAAAUAUGGAAAGCAUCAGAUGAUGCUGAUACGUAAACGAAUGAGCGUUGAAAAUUGGUUGGAUGAACAGCUGAACGCCUUAUACAACGGCGAUGCUGUAAGUGUUCGAAAUAGGUGA